GCUGAGUUAUUUCAGCUGAUGGCUGUCCGUCUUUAAGCACCCACAGCGCACCAACUCACUGCAGGAAGCUUUGUGGGUCUUGUGGUUGCGUCCAUCCUGCUUGGCGGGGUGGCGUUGACGGCUUCAGCUCGGCCCCCGGACUGUGACCGAGGGACGAACCGGAGGAGACACAACUGGAUUUUGCCAGCGCUUGCUUCCACGGUGCGGAAACGAUUCAAAACUUUUUCUGGACACAAGUCUCCCAAAAUGAACCUUUCUGUUGUGGCCCUUCUGGUUUUCCUCGUGGUCGACGGAGCAGAAGCUUUGCAAGAAUCACAGAUAUGCUACAUUUUGGAUGGGAUUCUGUUCCUUUAUGGGAUCAUCCUGACCGUCCUCUACUGCCGACUUAAGUUCCUGAAUCGGAAGAAGACUCCAGCAUCUUCUGCCAUCUACGAAAAAGUGGAUCCCAUCUAUACGGGUCUGGACGUUCAGGAGAUGGAACCAUACAGCACACUAGAAACUUCGAAAGCACCCCCCGAAGGGCUGCCUCCCAGGGAGACCCCCUCCAACGAAUGAACAUCUGUCUCCAAACAACAUCUGGAUAGGCUUCCCCGGCUUCCGAUCUGGGCCAAGUUUGGUGUCGGGAGAGAAGCCGAAAAUCAGAAAGGACUCUGACGUCUCAAUCUUCCUCCAGAGUUUUAAUUUUUGGCAACGCAAAAGGCACACAAACGAAUGUGGGUGCCUGGGAAUUCUAGUCGAGCUACCAAAAUCCUCCUGAUUUUGGGGGGCAGGCGUUGGGGGGUGGUGGUGUAUUUUUGCUAGUUCUCGACUUACGACCACAACGCAAGGCUAGAAUUUCCAUGGCUUCCGUUCCAAUUUCCAAGCAAGGGAAUUGUUAAAAGUGUGUUGGGCUUGAUAUUAUGAGCUUUCGGCCAGGGUAGUUAAGUUAAUCACUGCUGUUAAACAAAUCAGGUAGUCGUUAAGCAAAUCUCAUCUAUCAUCUCUCUCUCUCUCUC